ACCCCGGCAGGGCGGGGCUGGGCUGUGCGAGGGGGCGGGCUCCGAGGAGCGCACCGCGCUGUCAGUGCGUCUUUCGGCUUCACCUGCAUCAGCGCCUGUGCUUUUCUCCCUGCAGGGCGGACGCGGACUUGAAGGGUGACGCUCACUCCGCUCGUCAUGGCCUACCCGGGAUAUGGAGGAGGGUUUGGAAAUUUUAGCAGUCAGAUGCCAGGAAUGCCGAUGCAAAUGGGACAGCCAAUGCCAGGAACAGUUCCAGACAUGCUCUCUGGUGGGUACUCUGGGUACCCCACAUAUUCAGCCAGUUAUUCCUCAGAUGCUGACCCCAUAUGGACUUACUUCACUGCUGUUGCUGGACAGGAUGGUGAAGUGGAUGCUGAAGAACUUCAGAGAUGUUUGACGCAGUCUGGAAUCAGCGAAACUUAUUCUCCCUUCAGUUUGGAAACCUGCAGAAUUAUGAUUGCCAUGUUGGAUAGAGAUUACACAGGAAAAAUGGGAUUUAAUGAAUUCAAAGAGCUCUGGGCAGCUCUUAGUGCCUGGAAGCAAAACUUCAUGACUAUUGAUCAAGACCGAAGUGGCACAGUAGAGCGUCAUGAAUUGAGUCAAGCCAUUGCUGUUAUGGGUUAUAGAUUGAGUCCUCAAACAUUAACUGCUAUUGUUAAACGUUAUAGCAAGAAUGGCAGAAUCUUCUUUGAUGAUUACGUUGCUUGCUGUGUAAAGCUUCGAGCAUUGACAGAUUUCUUUAAGAGAAGAGACCACUUGCAGCAAGGGUUUGUGAAUUUCAUAUAUGAUGAUUUUUUGCAGGGCACUAUGGCAAUUUGAAUGUCUAGAAUUCGAAAGCCGAAGAAAUACUGUGAAUUCUUUUGUUUGGAAGAAGUGAACUGGACUAUUUUAAAUUAAAACUUCUGCGGCUUUUCCAUGUUCUUCCUACCUGUUACAUCUCUUCCCAUUCUGUGUGCUUUUAUUUUGGCACAUAGUUCAAAGCAAUAAAAGAGUUUUUUUUUUUUAAUUUGGAAUAUUACUGCUUUUGGAAAAGUUGUUCAUUUUACAAAUAUCUGCAUAUUGUCGUAAAAUACUGAUAUAUGAAUAAUUGAUAUAAAUACUUCUUAGCCUUAAUUUUUAACAAUAUACAUCUAGAGGAAUGUAUUUAAAAGACAGAUUGCAUAAGAAGCCAAAUGAUGAAAGCCUAGAUCAAACUAAUUUAUACUUACCUGAAGGUUAUAAAUUAUACUUUUAAAUUUUGUUUGUAGUUGUUGGUGUUUGAGGGUCAACUAGAAGGGAAAGCCUGGAUUUUGUGCCAUGUUUGUAAUAUGGUUUAUUCCUUGAUCACAGAAUCAGAGAACAGAAACUUAUUGGACUUUGCCUGUGAAGAAGAAAAUUAUAGGUCCUAAAAAUUUAUCCUAAGUUGAAUCUGUAGGGAAAUAAGACUGCAGGAGGCAUUGUUUUUUCUUAUUUAUUUUUUGUAGUAUAUAUUUUUCUUCAAUAUGUUUUAUUGUCUUUGCUGAAAAAAAAUCUUUUAAUAAACAUAGCUUUUCUGUCUGUACUCUCUUUCAUUAGUGAAGAUAUGGUUAAAAUGGCAUCUUUCUCUAAGUCUAAAUUUUUUGGAAAUGACACAUUUUUAAUGAAAUGUCAACAUUUAAAUUUGUUAUUUUUACGGUAUUUAUAUGUAAUGUUAAGUGUUUGCAAAGUUAAAAAAUGAAGUAAUUUUAAGUAACCACUCUACUUAAAUGUUCAGAAAUUUUACAUUUGAAUUAUUAACUGCUAGCUGGUGGUUUCGGCAUUAGUAAAGCAAUAAGUAUUUCGAGUGAGUCUGUAUUAUGUGGGAUAUUGAGCAUGGGGGCAGCACAGCAACAUGUCUGAGUGGUAUUAAUAUCACCAUGGAAAGAUGCUAAGUCGAAUCAUCAGGUCCUUAGCAUUUAAGAUCCCUGGAAUAAGAUGUUAUAAUUAAUUUAGCUUCUUUCUUGGAAAAUACCCCAAGUUUUUCUUACACUUUAACUGAAUAUCUUCCAGCCUAAAAGUGAAUGACAUAAUUUUAAUAUGACUAGUGACCAAAUUAGUAAACUUACAGAAUUUUAAAUCAACUUUCACUUUUAAAAAUCCUAGAAAGGAAGAAAUAUACAGUCAUUUUAACACUGAUAAUUUUAAAUAGUUUGCUGUCAAAUUUACUUGGUCAGUUUUGUAAGAAUGUGUGAAUAAAUAAUCCAUAUAA